CUCGCGCGUGUUCCAUUUAUUUCAACAUAAUAGAUUUAGAUGUAUGAUUGUUUAUAUCACUGAGCAUAGAGCAUGCAUGAUCCAAUAUAUUUUACGCUGACAGCAAGAUCUCCAGCAGCGUAGCUGCACAGAAUGCGCCUUUUAAAGCCUGCAUGGGUUACCUAUGAAGGAAAGCCAAUUUUCUCCAUUGAUAUCCAUCCUGAUGGGUCACGUGUUGCUACUGGUGGACAAGGCGAUGAUUGUGGGAAGGUUGUUAUUUGGAAUAUGUCUCCUGUGCGGGAUGAGAAGGAUGAGAGAGAUGAAAAUAUUCCAAAAGUCUUAUGUCAGAUGGACAAUCACCUCGCAUGUGUGAACUGUGUACGGUGGUCACACAAUGGAAGUUCAUUGGCGACUGGCAGUGACGACAAACUUAUUAUUAUCUGGCAGACCAGCAGACAUGCCUGUGCUACAGCUGUGUUUGGUUCGCGGAAUGUGAAUGUUGAACAGUGGAGGCCAGUGCAUACACUGCGUGGUCACACAGGAGAUGUGUUGGAUCUUGCCUGGGCCCCGUGUGACAUGUGGCUGGCUUCGUGCAGUGUUGACAACACCGUGGUGGUCUGGAACACAAACAAGUUCCAUGAGCAAGUUGCUGUUUUAAAGGGUCACUCUGGUUUGGUGAAGGGAGUCACGUGGGAUCCAGUAGGAAAAUAUAUUGCUUCUCAGUCUGAUGAUAAGAGUCUGCGUAUUUGGAGAACACGUGACUGGCAGAUGGAAGCCUCAAUCCAUGAACCUUUCAAGGAGUGUGCUGGAACAACUCAUGUCCUCAGACUGAACUGGUCCCCGGAUGGUCACUACAUCGUGUCAGCCCACGCUAUGAACAACUCGGGACCCACUGCUCAGAUUAUUGAGCGCCAGGGAUGGAAGGCCACUCUUGAUUUUGUUGGUCAUCGGAAAGCUAUCACAGUAGUUCGAUUUAAUCCAAAUAUUCUGACAAAGAAAAUCAAGAAAGAUUCUUCAAAGAACCAGCAAUACUCUUGUUGUGCUAUCGGUAGCAAAGAUCGGUCUCUGUCAAUAUGGCUCACAGCUUUGAAAAGGCCCUUGGUUGUGACCCAUGACCUUUUUGAAAGUCCGAUCUUGGAUAUUGCAUGGAGUAAGAAUGGCCUUGAACUGAUGUGUUGUUCUCUUGAUGGAUCUGUGGCCUUCUUGGACUUCACGAAGGAAGAAAUUGGAGUUGCCCUGUCUGUGGAAGAGCGGCAUAGUCUGUUGGAGAGGAUAUAUGGAAAAUCUCUCCCAAUUCACAAAUCUGCAAACCAUACAACCCAGAUUAUUGAAUCGGCAGCCAUCUUGAAUCUUCAACAACAGCAAGCCAAGAAGAUGGAUGUGAUAGCACCCAAGGAACUGAGCCUCACUUCAAACUCCUGUUCCAGCUUAACCAAUGGAGAAAAACCUUUCAAGCCACGUGACAAGCAGAUUGAAACCAAGACACCUGAUGGAAGACGAAGGAUCACUCCAAUAUUCCUCGCACCACAGCCAGACGUUGGUGGGGCUCCCUUGCCAUUCAAUCCACGGAAGAUUGAGUUCAGCACGACAAAAGAACAGAGUUCGAUCGUGAUCGAGAAGCAGAAUCGAGUGACGGGACCUGGACUGUCACCAGUGACGACCUCCCCAUCUGUGACGUCACCUAACCACAACAGAAACAGUCAGUCAGCCACAGACAUACACAUGACACCCACCAAGACCAGUACUGGGUCCCCCGCCAAACAAACCAGUCAACCGGUGAAGUCGUACAAUGAUAUUCAGCCGAUGACCGCUUUAGAAAAGACUCCUGAGAAGCAGAAAGCGAAGCCUCUUGUUGAAGAUCCUCCUGUUGAGAAAGAUAAACCGGAGAAGACCACCUCCGUGCAGCCCAUAGACACCACACCCAUGAACAGCACCCCAGUGGCUCCACCUGCUGUUGAGAAAGAGAAGGCCUCUGAAAAGGCUCGGUUGACCACCAGUCUGCCUAUCAAGAGGAAGCUUGAGGAGCGGAGACAGGGACGCGGACGACCCAGGAAGAUCGACAAAGAGGCUCGCGAGGCAGAGAGGUCAUUUAGUGUUGGACAGAUGACACCAGUUGUUGUUGAUCGCGAGAUUGCACGACACAUUCCUAUCAACUCCGAGUUACUUUUGCCAGUGCCAAGCAUUGAAAAAACAUCGGAGAAACUUAUUCAUGGGAAGAUGGGAUCUGCGAACUCUCUAGUACUGGAGGUUGAGAAUAACAUACAAGCCGGUUCCCUCACCAUUCACAGAGUGAAGUGUUCCAAAGGGGGAGAUGUUGUCUGGGAACAGGUGUUUUCCUCAAAGAUCAACAUCAUAAAUGGGUCAAGCUUUUUGACUUGUGUUGCAUGUGAGAACAAUACAUUGUCAAUCUUCAGUGAAGGAGGAAGAAAAGUUUUACCAAGUUUGAUGCUCAACUCUAAAAUAUCAGUCUUAGAGUGUAAAAAUCAUUAUGUUAUGGCCAUUACUCAAAAAGGGAGUUUGUAUGUGUGGAAUAUGCACACCGUCCAUGCUGUGAUAACCAACGAAUGUCUGUCUUGCAUCAUGUCAGCUAAUGACAAACUUGAAAAGGCGACAUUGACUUCGGAAGGAAUUCCAGUUGUCUCAUUGUCAAAUAAAAAAUCCUUUACCUUUUCUUCUGACAUUGGCUCUUGGUUGUUGAUUAACGAUAAGACAGACUGUCUUCAGACGUGUUCAGCUCACCAGAGUUGUCUUCCCGAUAACCUUACAGACAAAUUGUCUGGUCCACUUUCAUCAUUACAGUCUAAAGAUGACAGACCUGGUUACCAAGCGUCACGUGUGUCAGGGUCAUCUCCUAGUCUUCAGAAAACCUCAACAGUCAGCCAUCUUGAAACUCAGGUCGCCGUGUGCCUUGGUCUGAAAUCGUCAUCAGAAUACCAGUUCUGGUUGUUGACAUAUGUUCGGUAUCUUGUUCAAGAAGGUUUUGAGAGCAAACUCCGGGAAGUGUGUGAUGACUUGUUGGGUCCCCUUUACAGAUCCAAGAAGUCAAUUUCCUGGCAAGACAAUAUUCUGGGAAUUAACAAGCGCGAUCUUCUGAAACAAAUUCUUCCCAUCAUUGGUGCAAAUCUUCGAUGGCAGCGAUUGUACACUGAAUAUCAGGAACAGCUAGACUCCAUAUCUUAGUACACCGGGUAUUUUGUGAAAAGACUCAUGGCAGCAUCAGGAUUCCGCUAUCAAGUGUUAAAAAAACCCAUGUCACUCACCAUAUAGCCAUAGUCUGAAAUGUGCUGAAGUGACAUUAAAAAAAUAUUUGUUUUCCUUUAUUUUUGUUAAUAAAAAACCCCACCGACUUGUUUACCAGUGGUGGAUAAUAGCAGUCAACAGGUGGCAAAUAUUACUAGUAAUUCACAUAAGACAACAUCUAAAUAAUAAUAAAAGUGUUGACUGUUCACAUAAAACUAUGGGCUAUUAACAGUCCGAUAACUAUAAAAUGUGUAUAUUUUUGUACAGGGCAUUCUAUUUCUGCCAACUGAAUGGAUGAAUGCUUUCUGACACUCAAACCAAAACCAUGUGUUCUGACAAUUGUUGGAAUUAUUAAAUACAUACCAAGUAACCGUUCACUAAAAGACUGAAAGUGACUGGUGGAAUUUGACAAGUGGCAGCUGUAAUAAAUAUCAAUAUUUUGUAAUAGGGCAAUUUAUAGGACUUGUUGUAUGUAAUCAUUCUCUGCAUACUGUGGAUUUCGUCAGUUCAGUGAUAGACAAAAACUGAUAUUUAUGCAGUUCCUGUCCAUAGAUCAAAAUAUUUCAGAAGCAAUGAACAACCAUUGGUGAAUAGGAUUUUUGUUCACAUUUCCACAUUUUUCCAUUCAUUUUUUUUCCUAAAUGAAUGCAUUUUGAUCAUAUGUUAACCAUGAAUGUGGGUAUCCAUAGCUACCCUCAAAAUAAGGUCAUCAAUAUCUCUUGGAGCAUCCUUGUUGGAGAUGUUUGUACUUAAAUGUAUUUAUGGUAGUUGAGAGUAAUGUUUUUAAGGAGACCUGUGUUAAGUUACAUAUUUAGCAACAUUGUGCUUAAGAGGUUGUGUCAGUGAACUGACAUGUACAAGUUAGUAAAGUAAUUACAAUCAAGAGCUAAUGUUGAACUCCUAUGUGUACAGUGUUGCACAAUACGAGUAUUGGACAGGCACAGCGGAAGCAAGUAGAUAUUGGGGGAGGGUGGGGGGGGCUGACUGAGAUCGAGGGCACAAACUAAAUUUCUAGGGGUUGAGAGGUAUGCUCCCCUGUAAAAUGUUUAAAACUAGAUGCCCUGAAAUGCAAUUUCCUGCAUUCUACAAAUAAAAUUCAUCUCUGCCUUAAGAUUUACUUUCAGUAAUGAAUAUUUUUUGUUCAGAAUUAUUGGAGAGAAUC